GAGCCGGCCCCCCGGCAUGGCUUGGCAGGGCUGGCCCGCGCCCUGGCUGUGGGUCUCGGGCGGCGGGCUGCUGCUGCUCGCCCUGGUCCUGCUCGUGAGUCCCCGCAGUGGCCGUGCGCGGCGGGGCCUUCGCGGCCUGCUCAUGACGCGCAGCCAGCGGCUGCUCUUCCGAAUCGGGUACAGCCUGUACACCCGCACCUGGCUUGGAUAUCUCUUCUACCGACAGCAGCUGCGCAGGGCUCGGAAUCGCUACCCCAAAGGCCACUCCAAAACCCAGCCCCGCCUCUUCAAUGGAGUGAAGGUGCUUCCCAUCCCUGUCCUCUCCGACAACUACAGCUACCUCAUCAUUGACACCCAGGCCCGGCUGGCUGUGGCUGUGGACCCCUCAGAUCCUCGGGCUGUGCAGGCUUCCAUUGAAAAGGAAGGAGUUACCUUGGUUGCCAUACUCUGCACCCACAAACACUGGGACCACAGUGGAGGGAACCGGGACCUCAGCCGGCGGCACCGAGACUGUCGGGUGUAUGGGAGCCCUCAGGAUGGCAUCCCCUACCUCACCCACCCCCUGUGUCAUCAAGAUGUGGUCAGCGUUGGACGGCUCCAGAUCCGGGCCCUGGCCACCCCUGGCCACACACAAGGCCAUCUGGUCUACCUGCUGGAUGGGGAGCCCUAUAAGGGUCCCUCUUGCCUCUUCUCAGGGGACCUACUCUUCCUCUCUGGCUGUGGACGGACCUUUGAGGGUACUGCAGAGACCAUGCUGAGCUCACUGGACACUGUGCUGGGCUUGGGGGAUGAUACACUGCUGUGGCCUGGUCAUGAGUAUGCAGAGGAGAACCUGGGCUUCGCAGGCGUGGUGGAGCCAGAGAACCUGGCCCGGGAGAGGAAGAUGCAGUGGGUGCAGAGGCAGCGGAUGGAGCGCAAGAGCACGUGCCCAUCCACCCUGGGAGAGGAGCGCUCCUACAACCCGUUCCUGAGGACCCACUGCCUGGCACUACAGGAGGCUCUGGGGCCAGGCCCAGGUCCCACUGGUGAUGGCGAUGAUGGCUGCUCCCGAGCCCAGCUGCUAGAGGAGCUCCGUCGGCUAAAGGAUACACACAAGAGCAAAUGAUACCCUCCCCCCCCCCCCCGCCCGGCCCUGCCCACCCCUGUGGUAGGGAGUUCACCCACCGCCCGCACCUUGCUGUCCUUCUCAUCACUAACACCACUGCCCCCAUUGGCGCCCACUGCAGGCACCGUUCCCCCACAGUGCUCAGGGGGAAGGGAGGGCCAAGACCACCACAUGGAGAGGAGGAGGCUGGAAGUUCCCACAGAGUGAGGCUGCGUCAUCAGGGGAAAGAGGAAAGGGACAUCCCCAGACCCCACUAAGGAGAAGGGUCCUCCUCCCUCCCCCUCUCCUAGGACAGCACAAAGACAUGGCGGCUGCUGUUGGCUCCUCCUCGGGGAGCCUCACUGCCCCCAUGGCAGCAAGAGCCAUAACCAGGGAGGAGUCCAUCUGCCUUUCCCCACCUAGGGAUGGGGGAGAAACCUGCUUCCAAAGUGGCCUAAGCCUCAGGAAAGUGGUCACCAACAGGGGCAGCCAGAGACUGGGUGACUGAGCCCCUGCCCCCAUCCACAAGGCCCUCACCCUCCCUCCCUGCCAAGGCAUUUCCAGGCAGAGCCAUUCCUAAUACACAAGGGCUGGAAUCUUGGCUCUGGCCAAUCCCUGCCUCAGUGUCUCCCUUGCAGUUUAGAAGGGGGAGGAUCCUGGUUGCCAAGGAGACUCCAGAUGCUGGGAUACAGAGCCUGACAGUCUUGAAAGCCACAUACCCUCCAUGCACACAUCUGGCCUGAGUGUGCCCUGGCCUCUGCCCCUAGGCUGGGCCAUAGAAGCCCGCCUUUCUAGGGGAGAGAGAGCCACUGUCCUCUUGGGCCCACGCAGCUUCUCCUUUCAUCCCCCGUUCUUAGGAAUUUCUGCCUGCCUUCUUCUAUCUAAAGUAAUCUCUUACAUUCUUCUCGGCUCUUUUUCCCUUUGAGUUAGUAAAGAUUUAUUUUUUCACCCUGGCAUUUUUCUGGCUCCUUUUUAUUGCCAAGUUCCCGUUGGAUCUUGGGCCCUAUCCUCACUGAGAGGAUGGAGCUCUGGGCAGCAGAAUGCUCAAGCAAGUGACAGCUUCCAGGAACUCCCAGCCCUGGCCCUUCUCUCCUCCUCCAGCUCAGUUUCUCCUCUGGUCUUGAUUCCUUUUGGAGAGAGCACCAUGUGGGAAGCCUUUGGUCCUCAAGCAGGCAUACCUUGGGUCAGCCCAAAACCUUUGUCUUCCUGGGUCAGAGCCUUCCCCUGGACUCCGCUCACCUCUGGUGACCUUCUGAGAUGCCCCUGCCCUCAGUUUCCUUCCUCAUCUGGCCUCUGAUGACCUCUCCAGCUCCAGCUCUGGAACCCACUCUAGCAAUACCACCAGACUAGUUAGUGUCCCUCGCUGCUGAGACACGCACUUUCUUGCCUCUGUGCCUUCGCUCAUGCUGUUUCUUCAGGCUGGAAUGCCUUCCCGCUCCUGCCUCCUCUGCCUGGCAAAGCCCCUCAUCUCUCCUAGCCCCUCCCCCAGGAAGGCACCCCACACCCCUCCCCUCCCCUCCAGGCUACCUCUGCACUUUGUAAAUGCUUCUCUCUUGUGGCACUUAUCACACACACCCUGUUUUACUUGUUUACACGUUUGUCUCCCCUUCUAGACUGUGAAUCCUUAAGGGCAUGGACUGUACCUUCUGCAUCUCUCUCUAUUUCUGCGCCUAGCACGGUGCCUGGCACACAGUAGGCGCUCAAUAAAUGUUGAAUGAAUGAUUUA